CCAGGACGAUAAAGGCCUGGGCAGUGGCGCUCACCUACUCUGCUCCCUGCAUCCUCUCUGCACAGCCCUCUGUGCUCACAGCCCCAAUGGCCCCCAAAAAGCCAGAGCCCAAGAAAGAAGAGGCCAAGGGCAAAGCAGCUCCUGCUCCGGCCCCGGCUCCUGCACCUGCGCCUGAGCCUGAGCGCCCCAAGGAGGUCGAGUUUGAUGCCUCUAAGAUCAAGAUCGAGUUCACGCCGGAGCAGAUUGAAGAGUUCAAAGAGGCCUUCAUGCUGUUCGACCGCACGCCCAAGGGCGAGAUGAAGAUCACCUAUGGGCAGUGUGGGGACGUCCUGCGGGCGCUGGGCCAGAACCCCACGCAGGCCGAGGUGCUCCGCGUCCUGGGGAAGCCGAAGCAGGAAGAGCUGAACACCAAGAUGAUGGACUUCGAGACGUUCCUGCCCAUGCUGCAGCACAUCGCCAAGAACAAGGACACCGGCACCUAUGAGGACUUCGUGGAGGGGCUUCGGGUCUUCGACAAGGAGGGCAACGGGACCGUCAUGGGCGCUGAGCUGCGCCACGUGCUGGCCACGCUGGGGGAGAGGCUGACUGAGGAUGAGGUGGAGAAACUGAUGGCCGGGCAGGAGGACUCCAGCGGCUGCAUCAACUAUGAAGCUUUCGUGAAACACAUCAUGGCCAGCUGAGACCCAGCCGCUCUGGGGCGGGGACCCACGCGGGGACGUUGGUUCCGCCCUGCAUGGGACACGAUGGCAACGGAGCGGUGUGGCCGUCAUCUGUGUCACCGUCGGGCCGCGCUGGCCUGGCACUGUGUCCUGUGUCCACCGUGGGCUCAUCAAUAAAUGACCGCGUGCUCGCCUGCUUGCCU